AUGAAUGCAAACUCCGGUGCAGUUCCCGAUGCGUGGGAGGAUUCAUGGGAAAGCCAAGCCGAUAAACUCGACUCCAAGCCUACCCCGCCGGCCGAGAAGAAAGUCUCAUCCAAGGUGACCAAGGCGCAACGCAGAGCGGAACAGGCAGAGUUCAAUCGUCAGCUAUGGGCUGAAGCCGAAUCCACAGAAACAUUCCACUUCGUUGAAGCGCGCGCGGAUGUUCCCCUUAAGCAAGACUUCAAGCCCGCAGUUACAUUACUGAGUCGGAAACCUCAGCUCGUGACAAGAAAUCCAUCAUCCUCGAGAACAAUUGGUGCCACAACGGCUGGACUUGGCCGACUCGGACUGGACGAUGAUGAUGACUCGGACGAGGAACCCAAACCGCCCCAGCCAACACCCGAGGAGCGCCAUGCUAUUGCGCUAAAGAAUCGGGAAGAGAAGCAGCGGAAGUACGAAGAAGUGCGCGAACGUCUGUUCGGAAGCCCAUCUGCUACAGCUUCGGGCGCCUCAUCGCCCGGCAGUACGACCCCGCCUCGUCAAACUCACACAGGCGAGGGCAGAGCGAGAGGCAAAGGACGUGGCGGCGGAAGAGAUCACCAGAAGAGAGAUUCCUCGUCAGCCUCGAGCAAGUCCUCCAGGCAUCUCUACGAUCCCUCUACUUCGGCCAAGUCAAAUGCACCCUUCCUACAAAGAGGUGGCCGUCCGCAGGUUGAGCGAAGCGGCUCCGACAAUCAAGCUCCACAGCAGCCGAUGCGCAGUCCUCGAGGCCCUGAUGCAAGUGGGAGGGGUGGCUUCAAUUUCAAUCGAGGUGCUCGAACAGGCUAA